GGUGUGCCUAUGGAUGGGAUGCCUUACUAUUUUUGUACAACCCCCAAACUGAGUUUUCAAGGAGUUUUUGACCAACUACUUGUAACUUGUGUGUUGCACUUAACUGGUUAGAGACUGUAAGGCAGCAAAUUAAAGCAACACGCCGAGUUUGUAUUAAUCAUCACAAAUAGUACUAUUAUUUGUACUGAUCCUUUUCACCAUGUCUAACGCGAGGCAGAGAAACAAAACCAGUUCUGCAGAUACUAAUUCCCAGUCUGCUCCAGAAAACGUGGCAAAGAAGCACAACAAAUCUAAAGGGGCAUCAUCCCCGGGGGCUACCGGCGUGUUCUGGAAACUCUUAUCUUUUCUGUUCUAUGCGAGUCUUCUAGCAGUGGCUGCCUUAUCCGGGUGGUUUGUACACAAUCUAGUAGGGGAGAUGUCUGACGUCUACAGCAAGAUGGACCAUUUGUCCCAGCAGAAAGGGGAGCUGGCUAAAAGUGUCGACACUCUGCAAAAACAGGUGGAUUUGCUUCAGAAGACAGUUGGACGCCUGGAAUUUAUCUCUAAAGAUGUGCAAGAAAAACAGCUGACACAUGAUGUGGCUAUUAAAAAGGGCGAAAAAGAAAUGGAUCAAAUUGGUGUUGUCCUUAAAAAGAUGCAAAAAGAUUUAUCCAGUGUCGUUCAGGAUGUAAGAGGCCAAGGAGAAAGAGAUUUGUUACUUUUUGAAAAAACGACAAAGGAAAAAUUAACAGAGCUGACAAAUUCUAUUAAUGACGAAAUCACUGAAUUUGCGGAAAUGCAAAAAGCAAGUCAGAAUGAAAUAAAUAACAUAAAGACAAAGCUUUCUUCAUUGGGAGAAGUUAAUUCUGUUAAUGAAGAGGUGAAGACGUUAAAAGAACAUACUUCUGAAUUGCAAAACAAUUUUAAAUCCAAUCAAGAAUCUAUUGAAUGGUUAAUAAAUACAGUGCAAACUCAAAAUGACGAAGCUGUUACAGCCAACAAUGACAUUGCAAAGCUCAGGAUUGAAUAUGAUGAUUUUAAGAAAGCUGUAGAUAGUCAGUUGACCGUAGUAGAAGACUUGAAAGAAAAGAUUUCAAGAAACGAAGAGUCUAGUUUAAAUGGUGAGCUUGAUAAACUUGUCAAGGAACAUGAACAGUUAUCUUCUACCGUUACUGAUCUAGAAACCAACUUGGCCUCCAGCAACAAUGAUUUAAUUAAAGAAAUCAAAAAUAGUAAAGACAGCAUUGUACUGAGGUUAACACCUUUAGAAAAGUUAGCUUUUGAAGCAGAACAGCACCUUAAGAGUAUUGAAAACGUUAAAUCUAAAUUUGAAGAGUAUAACAGGAGGUUGAAUGCAGUUGAAGAAGGACUAGCUGGUGUAAAAGUUUUAUCCGCUUCAGGAGAUUCUGAAAUACCUGAGACACUAGCAACUUUGAAGAAAACUCAAGAAACAUUGUCGAAAGACAUUGAUGAAUUGAGAGCAGUAAUAGGUGAAUUUCCAAGUACUGCUUUAGAUUUUCAGAACCUUCAGUUGGAGGUUAGUAGUGCGCUUGAAUCUCAUAAGAAUCAAUUAGAAGAACUGAAAUAUGAUUAUGACCAGCUGAAGAACACUGAAUCAGCAGAGCAACUUCCUACUGAUGGAUUACGUUCAUCAGUUAAUCAGCUUGAGACAGAUUUGAAGAUGCUAAGAACUGCGGUUGACAGUUUAGUAGCUUAUUCUGUUAAAAUAGAAACCAAUGAAAAAGAUUUGCAGUCACUAAAGGAUUCUCUUGAGGAACUUAAAGAAAAUACUGAAAAGUUACAAAUUAAAUUUGAACAAAUUCAAGAGGCUGUAUAAUCUUCAUAAAGAAGAAAUGAGUGACAUGUAGGAUUUUCAGACUUUGAAAUUGGUGUUUCUUUAAUUCUGUUUGUGAUAGUUUUUUUUGUUUUUGUUUUCUUUUUCAGUUUUGUAACUUUUAAAACAAUUUCCAGUUCGAAAAACUCUUACGCAGCCUUGUUUUUUCAUAUUGAGUGAAAUGUACUGACAAUGUCAAUCAUACAAUAUUUUAAGACUUGCUGAGCUGAUAUGAACAUGCCUUAAAGCAAUAAUGGGCAGAUAGCAUUUUUUUCUAUGAAAAAAUGGUUGUCAUUCUGAAUCCAGUCUUUUGUUGUGAUUAAGAAAUAAAUAUUGCACAUCCCACACAUACAUGUUCAAAAAAAUAAAAAAUAAUGAAAAUGAA